AUGUAUGAAUAUAUACCACCAGGUCCAAAUGAUAAAAGAUCACCAUGUCCUGCUAUAAACGCUUUAGCAAAUUAUGGAUAUUUGUCACUUGAUGAUUUAGGAGAGCAUAAUAGGAUAGAACAUGAUGCAUCGUUAACAAGACUUGAUAAAUUUCUAGGUGAUCAGUGUAUUGUUAAUGAUAAAUUGGUUGAUCAAUUACUCGCACAAGAAAUCGAUUCAAAAAUCAAUUUGGAAAGUUUGGCAAGAUUACGGUUGAUUCGUGUCAAACAAUCUCAAGAACAAAACAAAGAAAUGGUAUAUGAUACCACUAAGAAAUACUUGGCAUACGGCGAAUCAACUCUCUUGUUGAAUUUUAUGGGUCAUAACACUAACGGUCAAAUGGAUGUUAAAAUAAUUGAACCUUUUUUUAGACAAGAAAUAUUUCCUGAUGGUUGGACAAAACCAAAUCAACAAAUUACCAUUUCAAUGCUUGUCAGUACAUUUCGUAAGCUUAAGAAAAGAGUUGAGGAAUUAGAAAAAUCUGAAUCUGAUAAGAAUUUGGUUGUUGAAGAAAAUUCAAAAACAAAAAAAACUGAUUAA